GCUUGUCCUCUCAUAUAUAUAUAUAUAUAUAUAUAUAUAUAUAUUUUGUAGUGUUCUCACACACUACUAUCAAGGGUCUUAUUGGGCUUGCAAGUGUGGUUUGAUCAUGUGAUUUUUCGAUCAAAUUUUAGACAUUAGAUUCUUACAAGAGGGAUGCUCCUACUUGCACCCUAGAUGUUAGUUCUUUUAUUCUCCACUUGCUUUUUGUUCAAUUCCCUGUAUGCUUGAUGUGGCCUCACUGUUUAUCACAUAUAUGUGUAGCUUUCCUGCAUAUGGGUGAUUUGACGUAACCAAUUUUGUGAUAAAGCAACAAUCUCAAGCUUCUAAAGCUGACAUACUGAAUUGUGAAUUUGGACAAUUGGAUUAUAAAACAUUAUCCUACAUAAAUUACUUUUAAGUUAACUCAUACUUAUCACAAUUAAGUUACUAAAACUAAUUCUACCCACACCACAACUGGUAAAUUUUGAAGAACACUUACAUAUUAUGAAGGCUUAACUGCACUUUUGGUCCCCCACAUUUACCAUUUGUGCGAAAAUCGUCCCCCACAAAAAUCAUUAGCAAAAGACAUCCUCCACGUUUACUGCCGUUUGCAGUUUUCGUUUUCCGUCUAUUUUCUGUGAAGAAACUAACGGAAGGAGGCUUAUGUGUCAGUUUUUAAUGACAUGGCAGAGAGAGAUGGGAGAGGGAUGCCAUGGAGACAAACACGUGAUUGUCACGUGCUGUGAACCACACCCAACGGUCAGAUCGUCUUCCUCAACGAGAAAAUGGAGGUUGGAACCCUACAAAAGAGGGGUUUUGUUGUUCAGAUGAAAUUGACUUGAGUUGAAGCAAAAUCUGAACUACACAAGGGUGCUAAUCUGAAACGCGAAGUCGAGGUUUGAUUCGAAUGGGUGGGGUGAGUAAAAAUUCAUGCUCUUCAUCUGGUUCCCAGGUGUCAAAAAGAAGGUUCAUAUACUGUGAUUGUGGAGUUCGAUCUCCACUCCUCACGUCAUGGACAGAUGAGAACUAUGGAAGGAAGUUCUUUGGUUGUGGACUCUAUGAGGUCUAUGGGAAGAAAUGUUGUGAUUUUUUCCAAUGGUUUGAUGAUGAUGAUAGCAUUGGAAAGGAUCAUGUGAUUGCUCGACUAGUUAAGAGGAUUGAAGAAAUGAAGAAUAAGAAUGAAGAGUUUAUCCAUAAGAAUGAAGAAUUGAAGCACAAGCUUGAAGAAAUGAAGAAGAAACAGAGUGUGAUGUUGUUUUUCUUGGUUGUUAGUUUGCUUCUUCUCAUUUUGUUGGUGACUGCCUAUGUAACUAAAUAGGAUAUUAGGAAUGGUACAAGUUGUUUGUAUGGAUUAUGUUGCUUCUUCUAUGUUGUUUUAUUGGAAAUUAAAUUCAACAGAUCAAGCGUCUCCCUGUUUGAACUUUGAACAUCUUAAUAUA